AUGGACAGCAAUCAAAUUGAAUCAGUUCAAAAAUCAGAGGAAUCACUAAUCCCUAGUGAUAAACCAUCAAUGGAAGAAAGUAUAGGGAAUUGUUUACCUGUGAUAAGAGACGACAAAAAUAGUGAUAGUGACGUUAAUAGUGAAGACCUCAGCAAUAAUGUUGAACAAGAUAACAUAAGCAACUCUCAGUUUUAUGAGAGUAGUGAUAGUAAGCUAGAUUACGCUGUAAAGAUGGAUGAUAAUGAUACUUUGAGUGACAUUGAUGACAUUAAAACAGACACCGCGUCCGCCGACAGUGAGGACUCGGCCUUAGGAAGUCUUCCGCCAGACUCGGCCCUUACUGACAGGGAAGAAGACGCCCAGGACAGAUCAGAUGGAAGUGACUCCGGACUCGGCUCGGAGACCACAGAUGAACCGAAAUUACCUGACUUUAACCUACAAUGUAAUAACGAAGAAAACAGCAAUACGCGAGAUAAUGAAGUAAAAUUUGACCCCAUCUCGGACAACGAUAAAGUCGAAGAGGAUAAAAAUACUGAGACUUCAAUCAAAAAACCCCAGAAAAGCAAUCUUAAAAGAAAACCCGAUUUUGAAAGCAAUAAUGAACCCGAAAUGAAAAAACAAAAGAAUAAUAUUCAUUUUAAUAAUAUAACCGUUUAUUACUUCCCAAGGACACAAGGUUUUACAUGCGUCCCAUCUCAAGGCGGCUCUACAUUGGGAAUGGAAUGGGAACAUAGCCACGUUCAGACAUUUACGUUAACCGAACACGCACUAGAACAAAAAAGAUUACACAGACAAGUUUUACAGCAGUUAAAAAGUGAGCGCCAUAACUUACAAGGAGUUUCCUUGUCAUCGAGUGAGGACAGCGACACUGAGGAGGAAGCGAGUGAUAUAUCCGAAUCAGAGCUAGACUUAGAUAGUUAUUAUUUCUUACAGCCAGUCCCUACCAGACAAAGAAGAGCUUUACUCCGAGCGGCUGGCGUCCGAAAAAUUGAAGGUUACGAAAAAGACGAAUGUAGGGAUAUAAGGACGUCUCGUGAAUUUUGUGGUUGUGCUUGUAAAGGUGUUUGCAAUCCAGAAAACUGUCUUUGCAGUAUAUCUGGAAUAAAAUGUCAAGUUGAUAGAUUAAAUUUUCCAUGCGGCUGUACGAGAGAUGGAUGUGGCAACGAAACUGGCCGAAUAGAAUUCAACCCCAUGAGAGUGAGAACUCACUUUAUAAAUACCUUAAUGAGAUUAGGCCUAGAAAAGAAAAAUGAGGAGGCCCAGGAGGCUGUAAAACGUAAAUGGGCGGAGGCACAUAUUUCGUCGACAUGUGUCACAGAUUCUUCUUACGAAAAAGAAAACUGUCAUAUCCAAGAUAAUAAUUUGACUUCCAAUACUAACUCAACCCCCAGAAUAGGCAUAGAAUCUUGCAUUAGCCCAGGUUUCACUGGUAUUCAUCAUAACAUGAACCUACCUUGUAAUAAUCAAAAUGAUGCAUCAUAUAAUUUUAGAAAUGACCAAACAGAUCAUAGAAAUAUUAAGUCCAAUAACAUGAUGAAUUUCCAUGACGAGUCCAAUCAUGGAAAUCAUGAUUAUACCUCAAACAUACUUCAAGGAAAAGGUCCUCCUUACUCGUCAACAGCUAUGAAUUUCAAUAUGUCGAAUAACAUGCAAAGAUAUCCUGAUCUCAACUAUACUUAUGAUCAACAACAUUCAGAUGGACAUCUCUUUAAGGGGAUUCAUAGUUAUCCAGCAUCUACCUUUGAAGAGUUUGCUCAUAACUCUCAGAUGACAAUGCUGAAUCAUUAUGGCCAUAUGUACGUCCCUGAAUAUUUGCACAAACCUAGUACAAGUAUGCAGGAACACAAUAUGCAGUAUCAUAUGAUGCAACAAAACCAUUAUGAUAUGUAUAAAAACCCGGAAAAUGUAAAUAUGGACAACAAGACCGAUGCUCAUUACACUACUUUAUUAUCAAUGCCAUAUCAACAAAGCAAUAAAUUACAAACUAUAGAAAAUGAUGAGAAUUGGUUUAGUCACAAUACUCUUUUCAACUUAGACCACUCGGUACAAGUUACACAAGAAGUCCCAGUUGAACACUCAGAAGUUGCACCAACAUUAGUGGAAAGUGAAGUAAGUGAUGCUACAGAGAAUUUUGGUGAACUCAUAAAAAAAACUAUGGUAGAAUCUGUUACAGUGUAG